AUUUAAAUAUUUAUUCGAUACUCCAACGGAAAAUGGCGGCCUACUGUCACUUGAUUGUGAGUUUAUUAUUUUCAAAUUUAAGCAAAAUUUACUGCAUGAAUAAAUUGGAUAAUUUUUGACAGUCUCAGGAUAAUCUAUUUUUCCUGACUGUCGUCUGCAUGGGCCCCACUAAAUCUAUGACUAUGGCUACUUCAACUUUAGCAAAUGCCUCAAUAAUUCAAUUAUUAUAUUCAUUAAUUUAUUGUUAUUCUUUCUCAACAAUUUUACGACAUUACUACAGCUCUUCUCUGUCCUGUGUAUCUGGCCUUUACCGAAAUAAUGUCACAUGUUUUUAUGUAUUGUUCAUUGUCCUUAGCUAUCCCAGGCCAAUGAAAUUGUAAAUAAAUCCUUUCUGUAGUCUUGUUUAUUUUUAUGGACAUGUAUCCGGCCAGUAGUCCAAAUUCACUUGAGAGAAUGAAGUCCCUUCCAUUUUAAGUUGUUUUUAGGGAUCAUCAAUUGUUCUAUUCAGACUAUUCAACCUGUUUUUUUCCUCAUUAUGUUUAUAGUAUAGAGGAGCUCUUUCCUAACACUUUUUUUUUGUGUGCAGUUCUCCUGUCUUUGCUUUGACUUUGUCCCAGAACUUGUUUAAUGACGGGUCUUUUUUUUGGUUCUAUUGAAAAAUAGGUAGGGUUAACUACACUAGAGACAAUGGUCUUUUGAAAAAUUGGUAGGGUUAACUACACUAGAGACGAUGGUCUUUAGCUUUUAACAUAUUGUCAGGUACUCCCUCAACCAGUGCACCUUUAGUUAUCAUGGCACUUUAGUCAAGUUUAGUACCCGUGUUGGCAACUAAUGUAUAGUCGUCAUCGUUUCUUAUUAAUCUACUAUUAUUUAGUGGCACCUGGAUUACAAUUACUGGCUCAUCAAAGAUUACUGUCACAUUCACAAGUGUGCUUUAACUCUAAUAUAUGGUGUAACUAUAUUAACAUAUGCUGUCGGAUAUCAUAUUGCUGUAUCUGUCCGUCAAAAAAGUCAACAGCCUUAAUGGGUAAUAAUCUGGCAAGACCCUGCCCUAGUUUUAUCAACCAAGUUUUUUCUACAUCUUAUUAUGCUGCAACCCUGACUUUUACCGUUCUCCAGUUUAACCAGUAUAAUUUCCCCACUGAUCUAUCUUUUAUUUUGUUUUGUGUUAUGUUAUGUAAAAAUCAACUCUGCAUCAAGGUCCGAAUAGCGGCUAUGGAUGUCCAGGUCCCUUGAGAAUAAAUGCUAUUCGGUUGUCAUUUUUGGUAGUUUAUUUUAGUUAAACUGAAGAAGUAAGUUUACAAAAAUAUAGUCCAUUCAAUUAUCUUAAAUUUGAUACCUUAUUUUGUUUUACAAACUCUCACUUCUGGGAGAUCCAAAUAGCUGCAGCCUUUUUAAUAAGUAAAAUUAUGAAGAUAAAAAAAAAUUUGGAAUGUUAACAAAAACUAAGUGACUUUAUUUAAAAUAAAUAAUUUAACUAUGUUCCCUGUAAAUAUUAUAUUUUUUUCUUGUCUUAUAAUAAAGUUAUAGGUGUAAAAACAAAAGCAAAAUGAGGAUCAUUAAAUGUGGAGGAAAACCCCAUACUGAAAAAGUUGUUUUGAGGUCCAUACUGCCAUACUAAAAAAUUCAUAGCCUUUGAACCGCUUGAGCUAGAAAGUUGAUCUUUAAUCUUGGUGUUUUUGUAAUCUAUUCUCUUGGCUCUAUACAGCUGGGGUGUAUAUUCUUAAACUUGUUUUGAAAUUUUCAUCAAAGUGCUUAUUAUUAGUAAGCCUAAUGCCAGGUUGGAUGUUCUUAAAAUUAUCAAUAAUUUUUUUAAUUUCUUCUAAGUCUUUUUCCAUCAUUCAGCUUCCCCAACACUUCCUUCGACAUUACACUUUUAUUCUAUCAACUACUAAUAGAUUCAAUAGAACAUCAAAAGUUUCAGGGAUUGCUGCAUAGUUAACCCAUGAAUUUAAGCAGGCUUUAGUUCUUAAGGCAAAACUAAAGAUAUUGUAAUUGUAAGUUGUGGUACUUCAUUUGGUUUCUUUUCUUAUUGAAACCCGCAUGGAUCAACAACUUUCAUAACAAACAUACAUGCUCCUAAAUCUGGUUCAUAACAAACUGGAAAUGUGGUUUUUUUACUUGAAACAAUAAUGGAAUUUUAGCUAUAAUUUUUUAUAACUGUACAUCAGCUUUUUAAUUGACAUUUUAUUAAAACAUAAACCAAUAUCUUAGUUUAUAACCCCCCAAAAAUUCUACCAAUACAAACAUUAUAAACUUUACUUUUGACUUUUCAGAUUAUUGUUAUUGCUUUAACAAAUUAUUUAAAAGUAAGUGAAGUAAGUUGAUAAAUUUCUUCAGCUAAUAUCUUUUGAUUUAUAAUAUGAAGUGGUUCUUGAAGAGUUGUUACAUUGUUACAUACCGGUAUCUUCCAAAUUUUUGAAGAUUUUUCUUUCAUAGUCAUAGUUCCCAAAAGAUAUCUUAGAAUUUAAAAAUUUCUGACACAUUCAAAUUCUGCAAUUUGCAUUUCUACGGGUCAGCAUGAUUUCUUCUGGUGACAUUUGUUUUCUGUUUUGUGUAUAGGGAAUCAAUGAACUAAUACGAUCUUUAUGAAUCAAACUGAAAUCUCAACAUUUAUGCAUAUGAGAUAUACUGAAUGUAUAAUUAAUUCCCGCAUUUUAUUUUUUUACACUUAAAAUGAAAUUGUCUUACUUGCAGAAUUUUAUUACAUUUGAUUAUAUGAUUGUUGAAGCCUAUAUCAGUCCUAACCCAUCUAUGAAUGAGAGAUUCAAUGUGAAAACUGCAGAAAAUAUUUCCCUGGAGCAGCUUAUGCUUUUGGCAUAUUUCAAGGUCACUUUUUUUAAAAAUCAUUUACAGGGGUCUCUACAAAAAAAGCUGAAUCAAAAUGACAGAACAGUGUAAAAUUAUAACCAUUAAAAUGGGGAGAUAAACAAGAAAUAUGAUAACUAAUCUGAUUAUCUGAUAUGCAGACCAGCAGCCAAUCUUGAGGCUUUUAUUCUUGGACCAAUAGAUCAGCCUUUUGGUGUGUUUUUUGCCAAAAAACUCUCAUGAGGGUUAAACAGGUUUAAUGUCAGUUACUUGGGAGAUUUGGGGGCGGGGCUUGGGGGGAAGAGAGAAGAGUUCUCGUAAAGAAAAAUUAAUUUCGAUUUUGUUGCCUAUUUUAGACCUUAAAAUUCACUUAUAAUAUUAAUAAGUGAAAAAUAUAUGUAUUGCCUUAUCUAACAUACAAUAAAGGGGGUUAACUAUAAAAAAUAUGCUUUUAUACUUAUUUACAUUACAUCCCCCAAAACAGCAUGCCAAAAUUUUGCUGCCCCUGCCACAAAAAAAAAUCCUGUCUGAGAUGAUCUUUCACCUUAACCCAUACAGGCUUUGUAGGGUUUUAAAAACUAUUACAAGUUGUACGGCCAUACAGUAUUUCAUAAAGUUUUUCAUUGCUUCAUUGGAUUUAGAAAGACAAUAUUUCUGCACAUGACUCACGUUCACAACUGGCAGUGCAAUAAAUUCAACAUUGGUCAAAAGGAAGCGUUAAUCCUAUUGAUCUGUUCGAAUGGCCUUCGGCCCAAAUCUGGCAUUGGUAGGCCAUCUAAAUUUAGAAACUGAGUGCUGUUUCAUUGACACCAUUCAUUAAUACUUAAACUACAGCAUUAUAGGGUAGUAAAUACUUUGAGUAGUGAUUCAUAAUACAAAUCUGUUUGUGAAAUUCUUAUUUCCAAUUAUCACUUUAUAUUCAAAUAGCGUAUAUAUUAUACAGUAAAAAAACAACAACACUUCUAUCCACAUGACGUUUUCCCUAGUGCAAUGAAAAAUAAGGUUAUAAAUUGACUAAGCUCAAUAACUUUGUCUAGAUGGACAACAUUUAUUUCCCAUUAUUAAAUUACAUACAGGAAUUUGUAUUACUACAACUACAAUUAACUAUAGAUAUAUGUGUGAUUACAUCUAAAUUCCGAUAAAAUUCAUCAUCUGAGUCCAUUUUUAACACAAUCACCAUUGACCAGUGUACAAUAUGGUAUGCCUCUACCCCUUUUCUUUGCGGCUGUCCCAGAGACUAUAAAAUGUCUUCCUAUAAUCUUCAAAUUGCCCACCUGUGAAGUAUACACCACAAGUGAGGAAACACUGAUUAACAUUGACUUGACUGGAUGCAAAUAUGAUUUAUUUUUUGCAUACAUGAUAUAUGUUUUUAUUUGUGUUGCAUUUAAAGUUAAAAUGGGUGUGGGUUUGUAAAAUAAAACCAGAUGAAAAGCCCAAAUGGAAACACAUUGGUUGUUAACAAGAUUUUCCCUCCUCUUUUAGUGCCCUGUUAAGUUUACUUUUAUGGAUUUGUACAGUUGUAAGCCUAAAAGUACUCUGUAAAAUAAGUUGAAGUUCUUGAAUUUUAUCUUUGUUUCUUAAAAACAAUUGUGGCGUAAAAUUAUAUUAAUUACUUUUACCAGCAUUAUCACAAAGUCCCAGAAAUUUCACGAUAGUGAGUGUGCCACAGCACACCCAUUAAGAACUACAGCACUAUACCUUAUAUUUGCUAUUGUGUUUAAGUAUCGAUGUCAUACUCUAAAAGAUUCAUUUUCAGCAUCGGUCAAAUUAGCAUUAUUUUUCCAAUAGUUUCAAAGCAGUGAACUUAAUUGAGUAAUGAACAAGGACAAAGCUUGGCAAUACCUGGCUCCGCAGCCACAUGUGGUUAACAUAAGGAAUAGAUUCUGCUCUUUUUCUAAAAAUAAUUUAAAAUAGCAAAGGCGACUGCAUAAUUAUUGAAAAUAAUAUAUAAAGACUAUAAGAUAAGAUAAGAUUCUUUUAUUGAUCCAAAUAAAUGGAAAUGUUUUUUGAUUGCAUUAUACAUUUUCAGCACAAAAAUAAAACAAUUUUAACACAAGACAUUUAUAAUAAAUUAUUUCAAACAGCAAUUCAUGUCAUGAUUAUGUCUCUUUUGAUAACAUUUUUAUGUACGGCGCGGUGAGCCCAGCCCUAGGCUGCGGUACAGCGCUAAUUAAUACCUCUUAUUAUUAUUAUUUUUAUUAUUAUUAAUUCAGUGAGUUCUCUUAGCAUAAUCGGGGACUUACUAGUUCUCAUUCAGAUGUGUGACUUCAGAGGAAGCACGCUGGUAAAUUUGUACAGAUUGUUGAAGAAAAGAAUUUUGAUAUCUGUCAGUCCCAAUAACUAGAUUGUUAUUUGAAAAAGUUCCUAUUUCUAAUAUAUCCAGGAACGUUUGACUGCAAAUCAAAAUAAACCCCUGCUCAAAAGAUGUCAGAUAAUGGAAGAGAUCAUUCAUACCACAAGCUUGAAGGUUUGUAAUGUAAUCAAUAAUAUGUAUAAGAAUAAUCUAAAGUCAUCAUGUAAGGCUGAGUUCGAUAACACAGAAUAAAACUUCCGAUAACGGCUCUAAAUAACAUGUAUAUUUGUGUGCAGUAGCUGCGAAAGAUUAAGAUUCUUUUCACACAAAAUUUAAAAAAUAGACGGUUUUGUUGUUCUUUUACAGAAAUCAAAUUGAAUUUGAUAAAUAAAUAAACCUGUAAACAUUAUUAUAAAUUAUAAAUAAGAAAUAAAUUUAAAAAUUAUGAUUGGCAUUCUUUACAUCCAUGUAUUAAUAUUAAUUUGAAAGCAAAUUUAAUUUUUACAACAAAAUAAAAGUACUUAUUUUACAAUAUUCUGUUCUUACAUUUCAAAGGGGAGUAACAUUGGAAGCAUUGGAAGGGGUUUUUAUUGAAUAGUUUGUACGUACUUGGGGGACAUUAAACCUAAAAGCAUUACAGACAUGAAUAUUGGUAUAACGAUAAUUUAAAAUAUAAUUGUGAACAAUGUAUUUGACUAAUUACAUUUUACAAAAAAAACAUUUUAAGGACCAAAAAAAGUCCCUUUUAAAAAAUUUAAACAAAAGUGUGUUUUGGGGGGCACGCAAUAAUAUCAUUAUCUCCCAAGCCAAUUUUAUUAUAUAUGGAUUUAAAACUAAUGAAAUAGUGUAUAGAACCUUCUUCCAAAAACAGAUUUCAGGGGGUGGGGGAGGCAUUGAACAUUUACAUGUUGCUGAAGAUCUCUUUUAAUCUGAUGAUAUGACAGUGGGGAUAAAGAGGUUUUAGAUUUUCUUUUUUUUUAAAAGGUAUCUGCUAUACCAAUGUUUUUAAAAUACAGUUCUCGGGGUCACAUGUUAAUUGUACAGAUAUUCAAAAUGAUUUCUUUAAAUUUAAGGACAUGUUUUUACCAUUAAAAAAAUAUGUUUUCUUUUUAGUUCAGGGUCUCGAAAAAGGCUUUAUAACUUUAGAAGAUAAAAAUUUCUGAAAACCAAUUAAUUUUAGACGCAACUAAAAUAUCUAUUCUUAGAUGUAGACCUAUGUAUAUUAAACAAAUAAGGCAAGUCUGAUUUACUGUUUCCAUUUAAAGGAAGUGGAAAAUUGUCAUAAUAUUUUUUUUGAGGAUACAAUACAUUUAAACCUGAAUCAGUUACCUUCAUAAAAUAAUCUAAAUUUCUGUAGCUAAUUUCAGCUGAAUUUAUUUGUUGUUGUUUUUUCUUUAGGAGUUAAAGUCAUCUUUUCCUUACCUCCUUCAUGAGAUAUUUGAUUUUGAACGGGACAAGAACCCAGGAUGGCAAAUCGACAAAAUUUCUCGCUACAACAAUCCUGAAUUAUUUGAAUGUAUUCGAAAAAUGUUAUCACCAGAAGGUCCUCUAAUGAAAGUUGUCAACUCCUUACAUUCUGACCCAUCAGCAGUCUAUGAAUUUCCCCUCAAAUAUAUACCUGUAAGUAUUCUUUGUCAUCCAAGUUAGGAAACAAACAAUUAAAAAGUUUUAUAUUUUAACUUUAAGAUUAAAAUACUUUUGGUUGUGAAUAUAAGCUUUGAACACUUCUAUAGUGCUUUAAAAACAUCAGGGAUUUCAUAUGUUGUCCUAUGAUUUCUUUAUUUAACCCUUGUCUAUCCUUCUUUAUUCUGUUUAUUGGCAUAGAUCUUAUCUUUGUAUUCUUAUGGUUUUGAUUUUUUUGAAUUGCCGCUAAGUGAAAUGGUUCUGUUUAUUUUGCUUAUUUGUUUGUUAAUCUUAUUGCCACAUUAGUUUGCCUAUGUUUGUUAUUUUGAUCUCAUUGUCACAUUAGUUUGCUUAUGUUUGUUAUUUUGAUUCCCUAUGUCACGCUGAUGUAGACCCCUGCAAGAUUGAUGAUAGAAGGAGGUGCUGUCCCAGCAUUUUAUGGUAACAAGCUACAACUACAGAACUUUAGUCCAGCAGUCCUUAUGCUGAAUAUCCUUGACCAUAUUUAACUUUUAACCCUCUACAGGGUACACGAAUUUCUAUUUUUUUAAACUCUGAGCGGGCAACAUGUUUCAGUUUUUUUUAGUAAGGUUUAGGGUUACGUUAGUAAAAACAUCAAAUCUAAGGCGUUAGUGAACAAAGUUUUGGGAAAUUAAAAACAAAAUAAAUGAAAAUGAAUGCAGAUUUAUUAUUUGACUCGCAUGUUAAAUGAGUAAUUCAAUCUUGCCAGUAAUCCACACAUGAACGCAAAUAUUUACAACAUAUUGUUUGUGAUUCUUUAGUCAUCUAUACCCUGUUUAUAAACACUUUGCCAAGAAGUGUGCACAUUACUUAUGCUGAUAUCACUGAUAAUAUUAAUAUCUAGACCCGAUUCAUAGCCAACUUCAAUGUCACUUUAAAUAUCCGCUAUCACUUGAAGAAUCGUUGAAAUUCAUUAUGAAAAACAAAGCAUUAAAACUCUGUGCUCUGUAAAUGGUUAAAGUUUGAUUUUUAAAAAUGUAUACUGAAAAAUUUGUUUUUCAUUGAUAUUUAUUUAUGAAGAUUAAAUCAAAUACUGAAAUUAUUAUUAUUUUUCCUUAAUUAUAGUCAGAUGCAUUUGAACUUUUUGUGUUUCAUUUGGCAUUUGCAUUGGUGAAUCCAAUCUGGCAGGCAAGAAACCACAGUUGGAGUGAUUUUUAUGAGUAUGUUUACCCAACAAUUCUGGAUGAUAUGCUUGUCUACUUCCUACCCUGUGACAAGAACUCAUUGCCUAGCGUACCUCACUUCAGUGGUCCAUCAAUGAGACCAACAAUCCUAUCAUAUGCUUCAGGGUUUGUAUUCAGUUGUGUUUCCCUCAAACUUCUCUCCGUUUCUCUCUGCCUUGUGUUUUAAGAACAGUUUAACAAUCAACUAGUUAUGUAACUUAGAAGCCAAUUUUGGAAAAUUAAUAAAAAUCUUUUAAAAAUUAGCAAUUAAAUUAAGUUCAAUAUGAAUUUUGUUGUUUUCGUCCGUUACUUGAAAGUUGUCCUCACUGAUCAUGGCAUGGGGUGGGUUUUUUAAAUAAUUUUGUUGAUUAGUGUUUAUUAAAAAAAAAAAAAAAACACCUUUUUAUAUAGCAUGUAUUCAAUUUAUCAAACUGCUUUUGAAAUAUUAUGUAUUUUUAAACAAUCAAUGUUAACUCUUACUUUGAUACAGUCGACCGUAUAACAAAACUGCAGUUCAAGUCUCUCCACCUGGUUAUGGAUUUGGCAAUUCUCAUCGCAGUUUAUUUAAAUCUAGUUUCCUAAAUGCUCAAAAGCAACACAUGCAGAGCAUGCCUGUGUUUGAUCAAGCAGAAACAGAAAUCUGGCGCUCUGAAACAUUUUUACAGGUCUGUUAAAUAAAAUCUGAAUUUUUAAAAAUUUGUCUUUUUCAAAAUGAUUGUAAUGUAUCCGUAUUUGAUUGCUUUCUUUCAUCAAAUUCUUUUACACUUUCAUAUGUCAUAAUACUGAACAUGUCCUUUUCCAUUAGCAAUGUAAACUUUAAUUCUUUAUUAUAUCUAUCAGGCUGUAUGUUUAAUCAAACAUGUAUGAGGUAUCUCACUAGCACACUAUAAGGAGAAAUAAUGCACAAUCAUUCACGACAAUGUUCUUUCAACAACUGCUGAACCAAAAGCGCCUAUACACCAAAGAGUCUAGAAACUAUGUCAUAAUUACAAUAAAUAUGUCACCAAGUUAAGACCAGAAAAGCCUUCAUUAACAACUAAUUAUCAAAUCACACAUUGCAAAAAAUAAUAAUAUUCAGGGAGAAACAUUUACUAGUGAACACCCCUACUUGAUUCUGAUUAAAACAUUUUAUCCAGAAAUACAAAUAUCCUAAUUCACCUAUAAUUUUAAAAAAAUGUGUUUUUGAUUUUCCUGUGAUAUUGUUACAUUUUAGCGUAAAAAUAUAGUGAAAUUGAGCUACAAUGCAGUCCAUGGAAUUUAUAAAAUUGGAUCCCGUUAAUGGGGUCAGAUUAAUGUGAUGUUUUACAAUAUUUUAUUCGAAUGGUUAAAAAAAUUUUUAAAGUUAUUAAAGCCAUGCCAAUACGCAUUACAAUUAAAGUGGACCUCAUUUUAGCAGCAUUUUAUUUUUACUGAAUAAAUUGAAAUCUUUUUUCCCCUAAAAAACAUUUUCAGGUGUUAACAGAGUUUUGGUUGAAUCAGAAUUCUUCUAAUGGAAAUGAACUGGUCUCGUACUCAAGCGGCCUUCAGGUAUUAGUUACAAGUUAAUAAAAGCAAAUUUUGUAUUUCUUAUCAGAUUUGAAAAAUAGACCACACAUCGGAAGUUUGUAAAGCUUGCUGUCUUUAAUUUUAAAGUUGAUGUUAUGCUUUUAAAAAUUAAAUUGUAACAAGUGUUAAAUGUCUUUGGUUAAUCCAUGCUUGUUUUAUUGAAACUUUGGAAAGUGUUUAAAUUCUGGUUCAUGCAUGCUUGUUUUAUUGACACUUUGGAAAGUGUUUAAAAUUCUGGUUCAUGCAUGCUUGUUUUAUUGAAACUUUGGUAAGUGUUUAAAUUCUGGUUCAUGCAUGCUUGUUUUAUUGAAACUUUGGAAAGUGUUUAAAUUCUGGUUAUUGGCUGCUUGUUUUAUUGAAACUUUGGAAAGUGUUUAAAUUCUAGUUAUUGGCUGCUUGUUUUAUUGAAACUUUGGAAAGUGUUUAAAUUCUGGUUAUUGGCUGCUUGUUUUAUUGAAACUUUGGAAAGUGUUUAAAUUCUGGUUAUUGGCUGCUUAUUUUAUUGAAACUUUGGAAAGUGUUUAAAUUCUGGUUAUUGGCUGCUUGUUUUAUUGAAACUUUGGAAAGUGUUUAAAUUCUGGUUAUUGGCUGCUUGUUUUAUUGAAACUUUGGAAAGUGUUUAAAUUCUGGUUAUUGGCUGCUUAUUUUAUUGAAACUUUGGAAAGUGUUUAAAUUCUGGUUAUUGGCUGCUUGUUUUAUUGAAACUUUGGAAAGUGUUUAAAUUCUGGUUAUUGGCUGCUUGUUUUAUUGAAACUUUGGAAAGUGUUUAAAUUCUGGUUAUUGGCUGCUUGUUUUAUUGAAACUUUGUGAAACUUUGGAAAGUGUUUGAAAAUCUAAUGUUUCUGUAAAACAUUUAAAAUACCCUCAUUUUUUUAAAAUGACAAAUUUUUGUCCAGACGUAUUUUUAAUCUAAAAUUAUUUAAUCUACCAACGUAAUAAUAUACUAUUUCUGAUGGGAUAUAGGUCUUUUGUAAGUAAUUGUAAUGUUGAAAGUGAACAUAGAAGAACUCAAAAUUAUUAAUGAUUUAAUGGUGGUUUAUGUUAGGAUUUAAUUGGGGGGGGGGGGGAGGGUAUUUUACAAAUUAUGGUAGUGUAUAUUAUGAUUUAAUAGUAGUCUGUGUUAAGUUCUCAGCAUUGCAUGUAGAGAUCCUUUUAAGUCAAUGUUUGUAAUGGGGUAUAUGUUAGGAUUAAACGGUAGUCCAUGUUAGGAUUUUUAGAUAAUAAUUCUAUUAAUUCUACUUUUCAUGGAUAUUUAUUUGUUAUGAUUUAAUGGUAUUCUUUGUUAGGAUUUAAUGGUAGUCUUUUAUGAUUUAAUGGUAUUCUUUGUUAGGAUUUAAUGGUAGUCUAUGUUAUGAUUUAAUGGUAUUGUUUGUUAGGAUUUAAUGGUAGUCUAUGUUAUGAUUUAAUGGUAUUCUUUGUUAUGAUUUAAUGGUAGUCUAUUUGUGUUAAGUUUUCAGCAUUGCAUAGAGAUCCUUUUAAGUCAAUGUUUGUAAGUAUACAUUGGUUAAUAUAUGUAUUGCAUGUGUUACUGGCUCCAAUAUAGGUAUUGGAUUAGGCUAUAGUAUGAUCUUUGUAUGGCUAUCUAAUGAGUCUAUAGUAUUAUCUUUGUAUAUGGCUAUCUAAUGAGUCUAUAGUAUGAUCUUAGUAUGGGUUUUGGAUUAGGCUAUACUAUGAUGGAUAUUGGAUGAUGCUAUACUAUGAUUUUUUGUAUGGGUAGUGGAUGGUCUAUAGUAAGAACUGUGUAUGGGUUAUGGAUUAGGCUAUAGUAUGUUCUGUGUAUGGGUAUUGGAUGAGCUAUACUAUAAUCUAUGUAUGGGUAGUGUAUGGGCUAUAGUAAGACAAAUGUAUUCAGCCUGCUUGAGAGUUCCUCUGCAUCUCUGCUCAUUUCUUGUGUGGAUUCUGGCGUAUAACAGGAAUGUCAAAUCUUGGGAUUAUUUGUAGAGAUUUCCUGUACAGUUUUAAUAUACUAAUAUUCCAUGUUUGUCCAAAGAAGGUAACCUAAGCAUUAAAUUAAAUUUCAUAAUUUGCAAGUCAUUUAAGCAGUGUCCUAUUGAAAGGAUUAAAUUAUCGUAACGGUGUGUAUAUAAACCAUUAAAAAAAUCAGGAAUUAUUUCUAUUUCUUAAUGUCAGACAUAUUUGCUGUCAGGGUACUUUUUUUCUUGGCUUGUUAACUAGGACAUUUAUAAAAUCAUUUUCUUUUUCAAUGCAGAUACCAGAUAAUUUUAGUGCUAUAACAUCAUUGUCACAAUAAAAGCUAAUAUAAACUAGGCAGAUACGAUGCUUUCAAAAUUUGACAUAGAUAUUAUUUACAUUAGCAGUAGAUCUUAGAGCAAUGACGUGACAGUUUGUGCAAAGGGCACUUGAUGUGUUGAAAAGAUUGAUGUGAAUGAAUUUAUUGGAAUCAUGUAAAAGAAUCUUGAGUAAUAAUUCUGUUAAAUCAUGUGAUAGGCAUAGAAUUUUUUUAAAUUCUAAAUUCUGUUAAGUCAUGUCAAAGUUUUUUUAAUUACAAAUUCUGUUAAAUCAUGUCAGUUAUUUUGAGUUAUUUAAUUUUCUGCCCCUAAAUGACAGAUACACACUUAAAAUAUGUCUUAGAUUCAUUACCCAAGCACAGGGAAAUCAAAUUAACUAAUAUUUUGCAUUAAUUGUUCUUUGUUUCAAAAUGCAUGUUUCUAAAUACUGUACAUACAAUUUUUUGAGAUAUUAAUUAUCUCAAAUUCUUAUUUCUUUCUAAAUGCAUGUUUGAUGAGUUGAGAGAAUAAUUAGAGUAAUUCUACUUUCAGAGACAUUUAGUUUUUAAAAUAAAAUUUUGGAUGGAAAGUUGUAUCUGUGCUUUGUACAGCUUUUAAACCCUUUGCAUCAUAUUAUAGUAGCCAGUGGCAUAUAAUAUGUAACAUAUAAUAUGUAAUAUCCUAUUCUUGUAGUCAAUGACUUUUUAUCGCUGUCUCGUAUGGCAUAGUCAAUUUCCUAUUAUACCAGUCAAUAGCUAAUGCAGUAGUCAAAUUCAUGUUAUGCUAGUAAAUGGCAUUUAUGGUGGUCAAUUAUUUUUGCCACUGGGCUUAAUUAAAUCUUGAUGAAACCAAAUCAAACAAAAAGCUUGGGAAAAUAAUGUUUUAGUGACUUCAUAACCUCUUAUAGAUAAAAUAAAUGUUUUGUAUUAAAUUCAUGUAAGAAUUAAUCAGAGUAUAAUGAAGUUAACUUUUAUUGUAUUCAAGAACUGAUUUUGUUUCUUUGAACACUUACAGGAUCAGUUUAUGCCAACCAUAAAUCACAUUAAGAUGGUUCGACUUCUGGUCAAGUACAUGCAUUACUUUGCCAAUAGUGCCACUUCAAGCUUGACCUCACCUUUCCAACAAAACCUCCAGUCACCCCUGGACCAGUUUAAAAGGUAUUUUCUUUUGAAUCAUUGCCUGAGUGUUAGGGUGGAUGAAGAGUGCCAAAAAUAUCAGUCACCACAGUCCUAGACAUUGAAACCCUGCUUUAAUGCCUAUUAAAAUAUUAUUUGGUCAAGGCAUGUGUUGUGAACUGGAUUGUUGUGAAUGUUGGGUAGGGGGAGUUGUUGAUCGUGAGACUGUUUUGUGAGUUGUAAGUCAUGAGGUCAGAGCGUGAGGUCGGUUCAUGUUCUUGAGUUGUGCAGGCUGGGUUGUUUGGGCGGUGAUAUAAAAGGGCUGUGUGUUGGUUGGUCGUUAGUCGUCAAAAGUUGUCAGUCAUGAGGUCAGAGCGUGAGGUCGGUUCAUGUUCUUGAGUUGUGCAGGCUGGGUUGUUAGGGGGGUGAUAUAAAAGGGCUGUGUGUUGGUUGGUCGUCAAAAGUUGUCAGUCAUGUGUUAGUUGGUUGUUAGUAGUGAUAUGAGAGAGUGACACGUUAGUCGAGAAGUAGUGCUAGGAGAAUGGAUAGUUGGUAGUUGUACUGAUGUAUAUUUCACGCGCCAUAUUCUAUUGAAUAACAGUAUCCUGAUUUGUAUAGCAUAUAAUAAAGUAUUGUAUAGUUACAAUGGACCUUGUGUUUAUUAUGUGAGAGAGAAGCCGCCAUUGGGAAUUUUAGGACUGAGCCAGGCGAGAUUCAUACACCCUAGACAACGCGGAAAUAUUCAACCAUAAAGAAAUAUUUAACAGCAUGACUCCUGAACAUUUUGUAACUUCGCAUAAUAUGAAUAUUUGUUUAAAUAUGUGAAAAAUAAUAUAAAUUCUUCCUAGGCCAUAUUGUAAAACUCCACAUUAACCUAACCUGGUAUUAACGCUCUCUAAUUUUAUAGACACUGCUUAUUGCAGGCAUCCAAUGUACAUGUUAGAGUCAUUUGUGAGAGUUGAACUAUUUUUACCCAGCACAUAGUGGACAAAGUGGGAUAAUUUCUCCCCACAUAAUGGUUUGAUAUGUCAUAGUUUUCCAGUUAAUUUACAACAGUUAAUUUUCCACUAUUUAUUUUUCUGUUAUAUUUGUCACUUCUCACAGAUCUGUGAUUCCUCACAUUCUACAGAAAAAGUUGUAUACAUUUCUCCGCCAUGCCUUCAGCAGAUGGCCCCUUGAUUCCUACUUUAGAAUGGUAAAACUGGGAUGUCUUUUAUUACUUUACCCUAUAUCAUGCCAACAUUUUAAGUAGAUGGCCAUAUAGUCAGUUUUGUCUUUUAAUGUUACAAAAUAAUUACAAAGAGAUGUAAUAUUUGACAUGUUUUGUGAUAUAAAGGCACCCAUGUAAUAUUUGACAGGAUUUGUGAUAUAAAGGCACCCAUGUAAUAUUUGACAGGGUUUGUGAUAUAAAGGCACCCAUGUUAUGUUUAACAGGUUUGUGAUAUAAAGGCGCCCAUGUUAUAUUUAACAGGUUUAUGAUAUAAAGGCGCCCAUGUUAUGUUUAACAGGUUUGUGAUAUAAAGGCACCCAUGUUAUAUUUAACAGGUUCUUGAAAUAUGGCUGAGUUACAUACAGCCCUGGCGUUACAUUGUCUUUGUUAAAGGUGGAUUGUUGUUAGCCCAACACUCAGACACAGAUGUUAGUAUUGGCAAACUCGUGGAGAAUAAAUGGUAAGUUUUGUUGGCCAGACAGAUACAUGUGAAACUUGGUUCGCUACACUUCUGAUUAACUCUACCACUUAUUAACUACAUCACUGAUUAAAACAUAACUGGUUUAAACUACCCUAUAUUUUUAUUACAGCAUAAAAUGUGCUCUACUUAUAAUGUGAACCUCUAAAUUUCUGUUUAACCCUAUAACUGUCAAGAACAAAUGUCUAUAGCGUCAAGCCAUUUUUAGCAAUUUCAUAUGCUCGUCAAGAAUGAAAAAAUCCCAGACUAAAUGAAUUCAGAGACCCUUUCCCAAAUGAAUUUGUAACAAUAAGUUUAGAGAUGAAAUUGUCAAUUUCUGACUCCUAUCCCAACAUCACCGCUAGAGCCUAUGCUGUCAAUACUAGCGUGUGGAAUAUCUCUGAUAUCUUUGCUUUCAUUUUAAUAUAUAUUAAAUAAUUCCAAUAAAUAAAUUCUGUGUUAAUUUUGAAAUCCCAAAGAGUGGGGGGGGGGGGGGGCCUCUCCGGCAUCAGACAUUAUGGCAGUGAAAAAAUUUGAGAAAAUAUCACGCCCGAUAGAUCCCAAAAAAGUGCCUGAUAUUGAUAAAUGCAUGUCCACACACUGAAAGUAACAGAAAUAGGAAGCAAACUCAUUUAUAUUGAGGGAGUUCUCCUUAAACAUUUUAUAUGAAAUCAAUUUGCAUUUUUAAUAAUGAUUUUAGCUGCUGAUUAUAUCGGCUGUGACCCCUUAGAAAGGAGUACAACGGCGAGCAUCGGCCAUUCAGACAGUUCUAGGGUUAAAAAAGCCAUACAGCGCCAUUUCUACGUAUAAUGCAAUGUGUUAAUUUGAUUCUUUUGUCCUCAAAACAGUGAAACAUAAGGUUGUAAAAUAGUAAACUCAAUAACUUUGUCAAGAAGGAUAAACUUUAUUUAAAUUCAAUACACUUACAGUAGGUACCUUAAACUAAUUUUUCAAAAUGGUCCUAUAGCUUUUCUAAUUAAUUCUGUUCUGUCAAGAUCUCAUGAUUCUAAAAAUGGCGUUAUAUAUCUCAAUUAGUUUUAAAAAAAAAGCUCAUUUUUGAAGUCUUAGUGUUUUGAACAUUUUUUUUUGCCGCCCUCAAAAAUGCAAUUUUUGUAAGGUUAUAUCUCUAAAAGUAUAUUACUUAACCCACAAACUGUCCAACUGUCCAUUGAAUGUUUCUGAACUGUGCAGGCAAUAUAGAGCUUUUUGGGUGCCUUUGAAAAAUGUGAUUUUUCCACAUGCAUAAACUAUAGCUAGACUCCAUAAAGUAUAUGUUUAUUGAAAGUAGACUGAUUGGGGAAUCAUACUGGCUAUUUUUUAAUGAUAUUUUAUACUCGCUGACCUUGACCUUGAUGUAAAAAAUAAUGAAAAUUUUUCUUUUUAAGUACUUCAAAUUACAUUUUUUUAAAGGCAUAUUAUUAUUAUUUUUAUAUAAUAUGAUAGAAUUUUUAUUUAUCUUUCAGAAAAUGUAUAAUUUGUAUAUGUUUUAAUAGAAUAAAAAAAAAAUUUCUUCUGAUACCUAUAAUUAUGUUUAAGUAACAAAGCACGACAUAAACAAUAUAAACAUUACUAAAUAGCAAGAAACAUAUACAAUUUAAAAAGCUGGUAUAUAAAUAUUUAAUCCAUAAAAUGAAAUAUAAGAAAAUAUAUACAGACAAACAUCCAAUUAUUUUUUGUUGGUACACAAUCAACUGCAAUGUAGUUUUGAACGAGUCCUGUUGUUGCAGCAUAUGUCUAAAUCGUCCGAACUUUCACUUUCUGACCCACUAGAAAAAAAUCGGAAUUAUCAUUGUCUUCAUGUGUGAUAGGAAAAUUAUCUUCAGAAUCAUUUAAGUCUUUAACUAAAAAAAAUAUCAAAAUGAUUCCUAACUGAUUUAUUUUGAAAGCUAGAUGGUCCACUUCUCGAAAAUCUACUGACACAAAUUGGCUUGAUAAAGAUCGUUGUAAAAAUAACUCCAAAGUUUAAAAAAAGGACACAGAAGACCGAAAAACGGAAGUUCAUUUAUUAUUAAAAGGAAGUAGUUUUAUUUGGUGUAAAAUAUUGGACUAGAACUUAUUCUUUCAACGCAAUUUUUAUCGGCCGAUAAAAUCGGUCAACACAGAUUUGGAAGAGAAAAUAUCGUCAACAGUUCGUGGGUUAAACUCGCUCACUUAAACUCAACACCAACACACAAAUGUAGAGAACAGACUCAAUAUUUUCUAGGGUAAAAAAUAAUUAAAUCAUUUGAAUUUAUUGUCAUGAAAAGGCAUUUUCUCACAUUAAAAAAAAAAGAAAUGGUAAAGGGAGGUAAAAAAAUAUAUUAAAAAAUGUCACUUUAAAAAAAUUCACCAAUAUAAAAUAAAGCAUACAUGAUAAAUGUAUCAAAUGUAAGGGGGGGGGUGGGGUGCUAAAGUCCUAUGUACUUAAGCAUCCUGUGUACCUAGAAUAUGUAUACUUAAAAUACAAGUAAGUUUAGAAAAGUGCAAGGGUUCACAUUACUAAUAGUCCGGCAUGUACAUUAGCUGUUGCUGAGAUUUUAAACAUUGAGUGGGCAUAUUUUACUUGUAUCUUUCUUUAAGAGCCACUCAGCCGCUAGAGAAAUAUUUUAAUGAUGUACAAUAAUUUAUGUCACUCGCAGGGAUAGCUUUGUGGAAGACAAUUUGCUGUUCUACACUGUUCUGACAUCAGAGUUCAUUCCUCGCAUCUACAGAAUGGACAUGACAUCACCAUACAGUGCCUAUAUGGUCUAUAGGGUGUCUAGGGUACAUUGGUUAAGUCUUACAGUUCCUAUGUGGUUUACAGUUUGUCUAGGGAAAGUUGGUCAAGUUUAAUAGUGCAAUAAUUAUGGACUAAAGGGUGUCUAGGAUAGGUUGGUCCAGUCUUAUAUGCUUAUAAGAUCAUCUGGGUUCUAGGGUGCAAAAACUUGAAUGUGUUUACAUUAUUCUAAAAUUCUAGUUUUUUUUACAUUUCGGCAGCUAUUUACAGAUCUGUUUACUCUUACGAUUUUGGCGAACAAUGUACGAUUUUGCGUUGUAUACAUUAUAUAUACUUUAUAUUUAUUUUUGUACUACCCAUAUUAAGAUAAUGUAUUGAACGAUUUUGUGAUGAUAUUGUACGAUUUUAAGAGUAAAUAGGUCUGCAUUUAGAAUACCUAAUUAUCGUGAAAUUUUUAUUUGGUUUAAAAUAGUUAAAUGUAUUGGCAUUAUAAUUAUAAUAGUUAUUAAAAUGUAGUAUUUUUAUUAUACUAGUUUUCUUGCAAGAUGCUUUUAAAAUGUUAGUGAUUUUUGAAAAUAUUUUUCAGAUUCUGAGUCUUCCUAAUUUAUCCAAUUUAAUUUAUAAAGGUAAGUCAUACAGACCAUGAAAUUUUCUUAUGGAGUCAUAUAUAUUAAGCUAAAAAAAACACAUUCUUAUUAGACACCCCUUCCCCCUGUAGCACACAUUCUUAUUGGACACCCCUUUCUCCUGUUGCACACAUUCUUAUUGGACGUCCCUUGCCCCUGUUGCACACAUUCUUAUUGGACGCCCCUUGCCCUUGUCGCACACAUUCUUAUUGGACACCCCUGCCCCUGUGCAUUCUUCAAAUAAACCUAUAGACAAAAUUAGGUCACAGUCAAAAAAAAUGUGUGCUGCAUCCACCUUGAAGCUGCAGCUUUCUCAAAGCCUUUCAGACACAUUUAUUUUCUCUUUGAAUCCAAUGUGUCAGGACACAUGGAGCAGACCUGGUGCAAAGCAGUCACUCCCAUGAGUCAUAACUGUUUGCAGAAGCUCCUACAAAUGGUUUCUUGUUGUGCUUAAUGACUUACAUACAUGUUUCCUACAUUUUUACCCAAUCCUUUAAUUUAAAAAAAAUGAAUUUGCCAUUUUCAAGUGUACAUGUUAGAAUAUAACAUCACCCUGGAAACCUUAAUUCGGCAACGAGAAUCUGAAAAUGUUAAGUAUAACUGGCACAGCUAAACAAAAUAAUUGCAUGAACACAUGAACAAAGGUCAACUGUUCAAUAAGUAUUAUUGACUUGUGUCCGAGCCCUGUGGAAUACACAUCCUUUGAUAUCUCGUAAGUGUUACAGAUACACAUGGGCUAUUUACUAAUGCCUCUAUGAGCUUAAGAAUAAUUAUUCCAGAAUUUGGGAAUAAACAAACAUAUUUUCUGAUGAGGCCCUCCCCCGCCGUAGGCAUCAAAAUCAACAAACCUCCCUCCCCCAAUGACAUUGUCAUACAAGCCAUGACAGACUUUGCCUUACAGACCAUGACAUUGCCUUACAGACCAUGACUUUGCCCUACAGACCAUGACAUUGCCUUACAGACCAUGACAUUGCCUUACAGACCAUGACAUUGCCUUACAGACCAUGACUUUGCCUUACAGACCAUGACUUUGCCUUACAGACCAUGACAUUGCCUUACAGACCAUGACUUUGCCCUACAGACCAUGACAUUGCCUUACAGACCAUGACUUUGCCUUACAGACCAUGACAUUGCCUUACAGACCAUGACAUUGCCUUACAGACCAUGACAUUGCCUUACAGACCAUGACUUUGCCUUACAGACCAUGACUUUGCCUUACAGACCAUGACUUUGCCUUACAGACCAUGACAUUGCCUUACAGACCAUGACAUUGCCUUACAGACCAUGACAUUGCCUUACAGACCAUGACAUUGCCUUACAGACCAUGACAUUGCCUUACAGACCAUGACAUUGCCUUACAGACCAUGACUUUGCCUUACAGACCAUGACAUUGCCUUACAGACCAUGACUUUGCCCUACAGACCAUGACAUUGCCUUACAGACCAUGACAUUGCCUUACAGACCAUGACUUUAAAUAUGAUCUUUUUUGUUAGAGAACGUCUGCGCAUCAAAAUGUUACCAACUGCUUUCUGAAGGAAGGUCAGUGCAUUGAAUGUUACAAUGGACUUUUUUUUUUAUCUCUGGCACCCUUGUCUAACUUCACUACAACACAGCCACACUUGGUCCAUACUUAGGAACAACACACAGCCACACUUGGUCCAUACUUAGGAACAACACACAGCCACACUUGGUCCAUACUUAGGAACAACACACAGCCACACUUGGUCCAUACUUAGGAACAACACACAGCCACACUUGGUCCAUACUUAGGAACAACACACAGCCACACUUGGUCCAUACUUAGGAACAACACACAGCCACACUUGGUCCAUACUUAAGAACAACACACAGCCACACUUGGUCCAUACUUAAGAACAACACACAGCCACACUUGGUCCAUUCUUAAUAAAAACACACAGCCACACUUGGUCCAUACUUAGGAACAACACACAGCCACACUUGGUCCAUUCUUAGGAACAACACACAGCCACACUUGGUCCAUACUUAAGAACAACACACAGCCACACUUGGUCCAUACUUAAGUACAACACACAGCCACACUUUGUCCAUACUUAAGAACAACACACAGCAACACUUGGUCCAUACUUAAGUACAACACACAGCCACACUUGGUCCAUACUUAAGAACAACACACAGCCACACUUGGUCCAUACUUAAGUACAACACACAGCCACACUGGUCCAUACUUAAGAACAACACACAGCCACACUUGGUCCAUACUUAAGUACAACACACAGCCACACUGGUCCAUACUUAAGAACAACAACAUACUCUGAAAGUAAGACAGGAUCCUUAAACAGCAAUUGGGAGUUCACAAAAAGUUCUCUUUAAAAUCUUCACUACACUUACUCUUAUUCUCAGACCACUCUCAUCUCACUGACAAACGAGGCCUUGCACCUUUUCUCACAACAAUGAUUACAUACUGACAACUGAACUCCAAUGACUAAUUCAAUCCUCUCAAUCCCAAGAACCAAAACUAAGACCAUCGGUGAACGCUCCUUCUACUUCCAUGGGCCCACGUUCUGGAACCAGCUCCCCUUCCAUAUCCGUCAUUGUGAAACCUCGUCCACUUUUAAAAAGUCCCUUAAAACCCAUCUGUUUAGGUCCGCCUAUGACCUGUGAUGCACCCUCCUUGCCCUGCCUCAUUUUCUGUCUCGGGUUAAUCCUGUAAUAUAGGCCAAAACGUGCCAAAGUGUCCUCGUUUUAUAGCCAUUUUAAUUGUUUCUAUAGUAUAGUAGUUACUAUCCUAAUGUCUCAUUUUUAUUGUAGUUAGUUUACAUGUUUUUAAUAAUUGUAAAGCGCUUAGAGCUUUAAGGUAAGCGCUAUAUAAAAAUGCCUAAAUAAAUAAAUUCCAUGAACUGACCUUGCAUCACCCGACAACUCGCACAAAACUAAUGGAAUAUGUUUCCAGACCCUUUUAAGUAAAGAUAUUCUGAGGGUAAAUUUGACGAGGAAUCAUAUGAUAUGAAUUUGAGAAUUCUGUGAGCUAUGUAAAAUAAACAUAACCUUGAAUUUUAACAGUUAGUACAAGUGUGUUUCUGUUUUUCUGCCUUGAAACUCACACACACCCACACUGGCUGUUGGCUCCUUUUACUAUAUAAAUAUGUUUUCCAGACACAGAAAGCAUAUUCCUCUGUUUAGAAAGUGUGAAGUUAUUUGGGUUUAUAGUAAAAUAAUUUUCUGGUGACUAUUAUUUCAUGAGUACCUUAAUCUCCACUACUUCCACUAUUAGAGCAUGAACUGCUAGCUCCACUAUUAGAGCAUGAACUGCUAGCUCCACUAUCAUAAUUAUCACUAACAUGGGUAAUGCCCGAAAGGUAUCAUCAAAAACACAUUUAUAGAGAAAUAAUUCAACAUUUUUUUAAACAUUUCCCCCCCCCCCUCCCAAGAUUGAGGGUGGGAGGAGGUUGGUCACCCAAGGCAAUAAGUAUGUCACCAGGAAAGACAACAGUGGGUUGUCACUAGGUUAAAUUUUGCUACAGCUAUAUCUGGCGAGCUUUUUAUGAAAACACAUGUUGAUAUUUUUAUAGCCUUAAUAGGCCUUAUAAGAAAUUAUGGAUUUAACAGAUUUUUAGGUGUCAGUUGGCUCUAUUUGAGAGAGUCAUGAUAAUUAUUGUAGAAUUCACGCAUAAAUAUAGGUCCAUUCUGGUGACACACCCCCCCCCCACCCCCACGCUGUCAUUAUGCUACACCUUGCAUACGUAAUAUAAUAAUAUGGACUGCCCCUAACGUUGACAGGGUGCAGGAAGGGAUUUGAAAAUAUUUUAUUUCUGUACGUUAUUGUGCAUUGUCCAAAGCAUGCUGUAGUUGUAGACCACAAUUUGUUAAUGGGGAAAUAAAAUCAGGCUCUAGUCCUAGGUUCAGUGCAGGGGUGAGCGACCCACAUCCUGCCAUGUUAAAUGUUGGGUGGCCAGCCAGCUGUAUCAGAAAUGAAUUUGGAUUAUUUUAAUUUGUGUCAUAAAUGUCAUUUUAUAUAUAUGGGUGGGUGGGUGGUAAGGUAGAUAGAUAGAUAUAUUAGAUAGAUAGAUUGAUUGAUUGAUUGUUUGAUUUAGAUAGAUAGAUAGAUGGAUGGGUGAGUGGAUGGAUUGAAAAUGGAUAGAUUGAAAAUAAAUAGACUAAAAUAAGUAAGAGAUUAUAAAACAAUGUUACUAUUUAAUAAGUACUAAAAUAAAAAGGAUUUAUGUAAACAAAGCUAGGUAAAAGGGAAUCUAAUUUUUCACAAAGCAUUAUGGUUAAUUCUUGUAUGGUGCAAAUCUUUGGUCAGGUAUACACAAAAGGGUAUCCCUGCAUUUUCAAUUUUUAAAAAAAAAAACUGGGCAGGGGGCUCAGCCUCCUCCACAAAUCCCAUCCCCACUUUAUUCGACUGACUUGGGUGUCCUCAAAUUCCACUCCCCCACCACAUCAUUGUCUAUCAAAGUGGCUAAUGAUGUGUAUAUUUUUAUUUGCAAUAAUGCACUGUAUAUAAAUAUAUGAACGUCAGUCAUCUACUUUGAGAAGUUACCGUGUUAUUACACAUGCGAUGCGAGUAGUUAUUGUAUGCAUAAUACUUUAUUUAUUCAAUAUUACAAGAAAUUAUUUGAUGAUUUUGAGAUGGUCAACUACUAUUCUGAGACUAUAUAGUACUAAAUUGGGAGUUUCGGGUGUGCCUAGGCAGACAAACUUUUGUGUCUCCUAAAUGGUUUACCCUACCCCUACUGCGUGCAUACAUAAUAUGUGUUGGGCCUUUAACAUAUUAUUAAUUUGAUUGAUUGUAUAUUUACAGCUGAGUCUCAAUUAUAUGGAAAUGUUGCAAGUCAGUAUGACCAAGGGGGAAGUUACUUGUCAGGUCAAAGCCUGCACAUACCUUUUGUCUUGCCUUCAUAUAUGCUGGAGUUGGAGGGUCCCAACUUUCAGUAUAAUUCAUUCUUCAGUGACGCAAUGAAAGAAAAUGUAAGUCAUAGCCAGUCCUUCAUUUAUUAAGACAUUGCAUGCCUACUUAUUAACACAGAGCUGGGUCAUUUAUUAACCCAAUCAACCCGUAAUGGAAAAAUCUGACAUAUAUUACUCUGUAACGGCCAGAUCCGGCAACUCAACUUGCUGUUUACACGUUGCUAUGUAGAAAGCUAAUCUCACCAUUUUAAUAAAAAUCUGUCAAGAAACCAGACCAAAGGAGAUUAUCUAUUUUUGUUAAUUUUUAUUGAUGAUUUGAAGAGUAGUCAUUAUUUUAACAGCAAAUUUACUUAUUUUUAUUUAUAUUCAUGAGAAGUCGAGGAAUUUGUCGUACCUUAAAUUUCAGUAUUGAGACAACCAAAGCAUUGGGAAACAAUGUCGUACAACACACAAAGCAGCGUAUAAUGAAUGCUAACCAGUGAAUUACAAAGAAGUUUAUUUUGAAAACAUUUUCAAACCUCAUUUAGGCUAAAGGUGGAAGGGAGUCAUUUUCCUUUGGAAGGGCUUUCAAAUGAUACACUUUCUCAGCACCCUGAAUUUAAUGGGUUGAGACAUUGCGUGCCUAUUCAUUCACACAUCGAUGGUUCAUUUGUUAUGACAUUGCUUGCUUAUUUAUCCACCCAACUGAGGACUAGCUGAGAUUAACUCAGAUUCAUGGAACAGUAAAACAUGAGGAAUAUUUGGAUUAAAGCUCUGAAGUCAGAAUCUGCCUAGCGCGUCUAGAUUAUAAGUUAUGAAACUGGAAAAUGAUUUCUGAUUUGAAUGGUCACAUACUGAAGUAAGAUUGUGAAUAUGUUUCUGAUCAGUAGAAGUGUUUUAUAGAUUUCAGCAAGACAAGCUUAAAAUCUGUGUUGUUUUGCAAUGAUAUAAAAAUUGUUAAUGUUCUAUAGCUCAUAGUGUAAGGUCCAGAGAUAUAUGAUUCAAUGAAACUCAUUUGGAAAAAGAUCAACUGCCCAGAACACAACUGAACAUCUGUGCUGACCUGAAAGUGGUCAACUACCCACAACACAACGGAAACAUCUGUGCUGACCUGAAAGUGGUCAACUGCCCAGAACACAAUGGAAACAUCUGUGCUGACCUCAAAGUGGUCAACUGCCCAGAACACAACGGAAACAUCUGUGCUGACCUGAAAGUGGUAGCACUACAUUUAGGCCUACAGCUGCCGUUCACAAAACAUGUGCUUUUUUUGGGGGUGCUUUUUUAACUUGUGGACUAGUUGUAACACAACCAUUGCACAGAGAAACAGUGGCUUCAUAGAUCUGAGCACAUUGUUGGCACAACUUGCAAUACAAAUCAUGUGUUGAUCCAUUGAAAAUGUACUUACCACCACUUCACAUUAAACUGGGCCUGGUGAAAAAUGUGAUAGUUGCAAUGGAUGGUAAUGAUCAAGGUUUUGAGAAUCUGAAAGAGAAACUUGGAACGGUCAAAACUGAUGCUUGGAUGAAAUUUUUAUUGGCCCGGAAAUCUGCGAACUGAAGAGUGAUCUUGUAUUUAGAACCUAGCUGAACCCAAUUGAAUGUGCCGCUCAAGAUGCAUGUACGUUGGAGGCGCAAAACUCUCUUGUGAAUCACAGAGCUAAGAACUAUACUUAACUCACUAUCAACAUGCUAAUAGAUGCAUGUACGUUGGAAGUGCUAAGCUCUCUUAAUCACAGAGCUAAGAACUAUGCUGAACUCUUUAUCAACAUGGUACUGGUAAUAGUAAAUAGCCUAUGUGCUAUUUGUUGCCUUAUUUCAAUAAAAUUAUAGUUUUACAUUCUCAUCUGGAAUUAUUUUAAUAAUAAACUGGGUUGAUGAAAGUGAUGAGCAUGGAGAGAGAUUUCAUCAAGACGUCUUCAGCUUGGAAACAAGGCAUCAAGCCCACUCCAAUUUAUGCAUGAGGGAUGUGCAGAGUAAAAAAAAGAACAGUUUUUCUUAUCGAUGAAAUUUAGAAUACUCUAGUAAUAAGCUAUUUAUUGUCAAGGCUAUAUGAUCAAAUGUUAACUCCUACAGAUGAUGAAAGUUGUUGGACAACUUUGUGAGGCCCUUGACUUUGUCAGAUCCCAGCAAAUUGCAAGCACAAAACCAGAGAGGAAUGCUGGCUUUUUCUCCUCUAUCUUUGGCUUAGAUAACGGCACCCGUAAUGUAUAUUUGUCACCAGAGUAUAAACGACUACCUGGACAUUUGGAGCAGGCCAUCAUGAACUUUUGCACUAUAUUUAAUGUGAGUAUUUGGUUUCUUCAUCAGUGCAUUUUUUUUCUGUUAAGAGUUGUCAGGAUCUAAGUUCUGAGAUUGUGUUUCCCCUUAGAUUUGGGCUAGGCCAGUAAACAAAAGUUAGCAAGCAUUUUCAGUCCUAUUUCCGUGCUGAUUAUUUUUUAAUAUAAAAUUCUUAUUGAUUAUCUUUGAUAUUACUUAUGAUUGCCAUCAUCAACUAGCUUUGGUUAGUAAUAGUAUUAUCAAACAUAACUAGUAAACGAAAAUUUAAAAUCUGCUGGUAAUCUACAUUUAAUAAGUCUAGGGGUUCUCAAACUUUUUACAGCCAUUGCCCCCUUAUGGCCAUGAACUUACCCUGAAUGCCUCCAUGUCUUACCCUAAUAUAAGCAAUGCUCAGAAUACAAAUUUGCACGAUCCUUUAUAGUAGAUAACUACAAAAUUAAUUGUUGAUUCGUAACAUAUAUUUGAAAAUUAUGUAAUCAAAGAAACUUGUUAUUUGUAUUACAUCAUUACUAAGCUGAAUUAUUUGAUCAAACGAUGCCUUAGACUUUGUAGGUAAGAUAUUUAUUAAGCAAGAUUUUUUUAGACAGCUGAACAUUUUCACUGGUCAGUUAUUUUUAAUGUCAUAAUGCAUGGGCAUGGUAAAUUUUUAACAGUUGUUCAGUGCCUGGUUUAAAGUCUCUAACUAUUUUCAUACUUCUAUGCUCUUUCUUUGUCUUGCUGGACAAUGGAGCUAAAACCACUUUCCACCAAAUAAAAUGGUGGCAAGGAGUUCCUUAGCAAGCUUGGUGGUGGAAUGACUUUUAUAUUAGGGGGUGUUGGAACAACUCACUGAUGAGUGUCACACCUAACAUUGUGAACCCCUCUGAAAAAUAGGAGCCAGAAUGAUCAAUCCAUUGAUCUCAAAAUAUAGAAGAAAAUAUAGAAGAAGACACUUGCUUGUAUCUAGGGGUAUUUUGCUAUAUCGAUGUCACGCACUAAGGGACAUAAUUACUUUACUCAUUUAUGCCUUAACAACAAACCAACAAGCAACAAUACUUUUCACAUGUGAAACAAUGGAGUUUCCAGGUUCCAGUGCAACAAAUCAGUCACUCAUUUCUUAAACCACAUACAGCCUGACUCCAUAACAAUUCUCUGUAUUCCUAUAUCGCACCACUGGAAAUGCGUCAUGGGGCUUUCAUGACCGAGUCAAAGUGGUGCGAAAUAUGGGAGAGUUCCAAAGGAAAAACAUCAUUGCUUGAUGUUAAAAUUAUUUAACCAGACACAUAACAUAAACAUGCGAUUAUGACCGUGACAACAAUAAUUGAUGAAAAGUUUGACCUCAUCCACCCAAGUGGUAUCUACCCGUCUAGCCAUGGACAGCGCCCAGCAGCAUCGAACGUUGUUUAUCAGUUAAAGGGGGGUGAGAAUUUAAACCUUUUGACAUAUUAAAACUGUAGCAUGUUUAUCCACAGUUAACUAAACCAGUGUAUGUGUCAGAUCCACAUUCCCAUCACUCACCCCUCAAUACAUCCAUUGCCAAUGAGUCCAUGUACCUUUCGGAACCAGACCAGGAGUUUCCAGAUUGUGUGGAGACAGAGGAUGGUCUCAAACUGACAGAUCUGGGUCGGAGACAGGUAACGAAAUUUCCUAAUUGUGUGCAAAUAGGUGUUGGUAUUAAACUGAUUAGAAGGGGCUAUCCUUAUAUUAUGCACAUACAAAAAUCAAAUCAUUACCACAUGCACACACACACACACUCUCCCUCCCUGUCACGACAUACAAGGCACAGCAACAGUGUCAUGACAUACAAGGCACAGCAACUGUCACGACAUACAAGGCACAGCAACUGUGUCAUGACAUACAAGGCACAACUGUGUAAUGGCAUACAAGGCACAGUAACUGUGUCAUGACAUACAAGGCACAGCAGCUGUGUCACGACAUACAAGGCACAGCAACUGUGUCAUGACAUACAAGGCACAGCAACUGUGUCAGGACAUACAAGGCACAGUAACUGUGUCACGAUAUACAAGGCACAGCAACUGUGUCAGGACAUAGAUUAAAUAGACACCAACAAUUUGUGUCAAUAAAACAAUAUAAGGUAAGCUUUAAUAAUAAUUUUACAGAAUACAAAAGUAUACGUUUCGGCACAUGCCUUCAUCAGUACAACAAAAAAAAGACAAAUAAAGACAAUUAAAUUUACAUUAUAUAUAUAUAUACAGAUCCUACCUAAAAAGGGGAGAAAAAAUAGGAGUGGGUGAAAAAACAGGCAGAAACAGGACAUACGAGGCACAGCAACUGUGUCAUGACAUACAAGGCACAGCAACUGUGUCACUAUAUACGAGGCACAGUGUUUUGUCCUUGAACACUUAAAUAAUUAUUUAUUUGUCCAAUUAUAAUUAAAAAUUCUGCGCUCUGUAUCUAGUUUUCUCUUUCUGAUUCUGCUUGAUUCAUGACAUUUAAAUAUUUCAAGUACGCAUCUAUAAAUAUAUAUUACCCCACUAAAAGCACAGAAUAUCAAAAUUACGUAAUAUGUGAGUUCUACACAACACUACACAUUUCUACACAAUAUUACAAAAAUAGUAAAAGGCUACUCUGCACAGAAGGCACUACUUUUUGAAAACACUUACGCUACCGAGUAGGUUAUGUUGAUUAAGAAUACAUACCUACAGGAAACCAUAGUCGAUUUCACACACAAAAGAGUAAUGUGCGGGAAAAGAGUGCAUGUGUGAAAAUAUCCUUACAAGGAAAGAAAACAUGUAGUGAAUAUUUACCAAAGGAAACGUAUUUAGUAAUUUAAUUUGAUUUAAUAACAAACAUUCAUUUCAAGUAUACGUGGGGAAAAAUAAAAAAAUAAAUUAAAAAUUUGAUUAUUUAAAAAUGAAAUAGGUAUUUUUAUUAUUUUUUUGUAACAUUAUAAAUCAAUAAAAGACAAGGGAAUAUUAUUUUUAAUUUAUAAUAUGAGUUUUCACCAAAGUCUUCGCGGGCCACAAAGUGGGUGCUGGCGGGCCGCAUGCAGCCAACUGGCCAUAUGUCGUGCAGGCCUGAUUUAUACUAUAUUCAUAAAUUUGCAGGAGGUGGGAAAUAUUGCUUUAUUUAUAAUCAUACCGGUACAUUUUCAGAUGUUGAGAAAUAUUGGCCUAUUUGUAAUCAUACACUAGCAAGAGUUGGGAAAUAUGGCUUUAGAUAAUGGAACUAUUCUUUUGUUCAAUUUAAAUUGUUCAACUUUGAUCUCAGCCACUGGUACAUUUUAUUUUCAGUUGAUCAACAAACAAAGGAAAUUUGACAAGUUUUAUGUUGGUGACCCUGACCUUCUCCCCAUCAGAAGUUAUGAGAAUGCUUCUCUUGUGCGUGUGCUCUUCUAUUUCUGCUCAUUCAUUAAUUCUUAUGUAAGUACACACAUUUAUAAGUGUGCAUAGCUCAUUAACUCUAGUCUUAUCUAAGUACACCACUAUAUCACUUUACAAAGUUCAUCAAAUCUUAUGUAAAUGUACAACUCAAAUAUAGUACUAGUCGUGUACACUACAAUACAAAACAUACUUCAUUAACUCUUAUCUAUUUACAAUAAUACAAUAGUGUAUAUAAUUCAUCAACAGCUAUGUAAGUACACAAGUAUAUAACUAAUGUACAUAGCUCAUCCAACUUUAAGUAAGCCAGUUAGUCUUAUUGUUGCUUUGAAUUAUAUACUUCCAGUUCAGGUCAGAAAUGAUUUCCUUGUACAACUCUCAAAAGUUUGCUGGACGAUUUGCGCAGGUGUUUCUCAUCCCACCAACAACUCUACAAGAUAUACAGCAUAAAUUUCACUCCCCAGUCACUGUCCAAACUGCUCAUUUGAUCUGGUCUCAGCAACCUCACAUCAGCCUUCGAUUUCUAGCCAGUUAUCACUUCCUGGUGAAGUUGGCAAUAACCUAUGUCAUUAUAUCUUUCAUAUUUGAGUUUGGCCCUGCUGGAUUUCUUAUAAUUAUGGCCACACUAGUGUUUUUGUAUGGUUUCGUGCUAGCAUCUGUGAGACACCUGAAAAAGUCAUCAAUUCAUUAGCAUCUGUGAGAUCCCUCAGUCAACAAUGUGUUUGUUCAGGACAAAAAUCUUUAAAAAAUCAAUCUUGUGACCGAAAAACAGGAAAUAAAGUGAAUUGCAUUUAUAAUUGGUAUGUGUUAUAUUGACCUUUUGAGGAAAGUUUUGACUGUACAAGUGUUAAACUAUGGCAAACUACUGGAAUACCAUAGUCAAACUAUGGCAAACUACUGGAAUACUGUAGUCAAACUAUUGCAAAGUACUGGAAUACCAUAGUCAAACUAUUGCAAACUACUGGAAUACUGAUGUAAAAUUAUGGCAAACUGCUGUAUUACCAUAGUCAAACUAUGGCAAACUACUGAAAUGCCAUAGUCAAACUAUGGCAAACUACUGGAAUACCGUAGUCAACUAUGGCAAACUCCUGGAAUACUGAAGUCAAACUAUGGCAAACUACUGGAUACUGUAGUCAAACUAUGACAAACUACUGGAAUACCGUAGUCAAACUACUGGGAUACUAUACCGGUACUCAUGUUUAAGGAAAAUUGAUUUUAUAUUUGUUAAAUACUAAGUGGUUUUUGUUGGCCUCAAAGAUAUUUGUGGUUUGCAAUAUCUCAGGCUAUUAGAUGUCCAGUUGUUACUGAAACUGAAGGCUUGGGUGAUUUCUGGUUGUUACCGAAAGGCUUGAGUGAUGGAUGCAGACUGGUUGUUACAGAAGGCUUGAGUGAUGGAUGUAGACUGGUGGUUACAGAAGGCUUGAGUGAUGGAUGUAGACUGGUUGUUACAGAAGGGCUUGAGUGAUGGAUGUAGACUGGUUGUUACAGAAGGGCUUGAGUGAUGGAUGUAGACUGGUUGUUACAGAAGGGCUUGAGUGAUGGAUGCAGACUGGUUGUUACAGAAGGGCUUGAGUGAUGGAU